AUGCCGACGAAGCGGCGCAACGCAGGGCGCGCGAAACACGGUCGCGGCCACAACGCUGUUGUCCGCUGCAGCAACUGUGGUCGUGCGUGCCCCAAGGACAAGGCAAUCAAGAGAUUCAACGUUCGUAACAUUGUCGACGCCUCGUCUCAGAGAGAUCUUCGUGAAGCGUCUGUUUACAGCACGUACACCCUUCCGAAGCUCUACAUCAAGCAGUGCUACUGCAUUUCGUGUGCCAUCCACUCUCGCGUCGUCCGCGUGCGCUCUGUUCAGCAGCGCAAGGUUCGUGAGAACCCUCAGCGUCGCCCUCAGAGCGGUGGCCAGCAAGGCGGCCAGGGCGCCAGCAACAACUAA